GAACUACUAAGAGAAAUCGAGCUCUUUCUGGGCUCAUCACUUCCAUGCAAAAAACCUCCCGUAUUGAAGGAAACUUUCCUGCCAGCACAUCAGCUCCUACCAUUCACUACCGGCAUACUUUGUUGUUUCACACGAACAUCCGUUUCUCACCUCUGCAUUGUCCAACGUUGCCAUUGCCCGGGCAUGAUUGUUGAGGACUCAUCAUCAUGCAAUGCCUACUGUUAUCAUCAUGCCAUGCCAACCGAAUCAUCAUGCCAUGUCAACAUCAUGCCAUGCCAACCAAUAUCAUCAUGCCAUGCCAGCUGAAUGCCUGCACUGUUUCUGGUGAACCAUGCUGGGCAGUGACUUCAUACCUUGGAAUUAACUUACAUGACAUCAUGCUUUAGUUCCUACCUUAAAAGGAUUCCAUUAUUCACAUUCUAGUGUCAGGCCUACAGAUGUAUGCAGGGUAUGCUUUUGUUUAUUUUGAAGAUGAACGUGAUGCUGAAGAUGCCAUACGAGGCCUUGAUGAUAUUCCUUUUGGCUAUAGUAGGCGCAGGCUGUCAGUUGAGUGGUCAAGGCAAGGGGAACGUGGUCCACGACAUGGCUCUAGGUCAAUGGCAAACAUUAGGCCCACUAAAACACUUUUUGUUAUCAAUUUUGAUCCAAUCCGUACUAGAGUCAGGGACGUCGAAAGGCAUUUUGAACCUUAUGGGAAGAUUUUAAAUAUUCGGAUCAGGAGGAACUUUGCAUUUGUGCAGUUUGAAACCCAGGAGGAAGCCACAAAAGCCCUUGGACGUACAAAUUUGAGCAAGAUAUUGGAUCGUGUUGUAUCGGUUGAGUAUGCCUUUAGGGAUGAUGGUGAGCAUGGUGACAGGAGGGACAGCCCUCCGAGGGGUGGUUAUGGAAGGCGUAAUGUUAGCCCAUAUGGUCGCUCUGUUAGUCCAGUGUACAACAGGGCUCGCCCAAGUCCUGACUAUGGUCGUGCCCAUAGUCCUGUCUAUGAUCGAUAUGACAGAGCAUAUGAUAGGAGCAGAAGUCCUGAUUGUGGUCAUUAUCGAAGCCGCUCUCCUGUCAGAAGGUCUAGGACAUGAAGCGUCCGGGUUGUGAGAGGCUGUGCGUGGUGAACGAAUCAUCAGGAGACUAUCAUUAGGAUUUCUCUGCAUCCGCCCCUUUUACCCUUUGAUUAGCUCUUAGCGAGGAAGCCAGCGUGGUUAUGUUAUAUAAUUUUAUGAUUGGAUGCUAUAUUCGUUUUCAUUUUUUUUUUGUUUUACUGAUACGAGUUGCAUUAGUUUCGUCCUAGUUACUUUAUGGUAAAAGCGUUUAAUUAAGGAUUGUAUUAGAUAAGUGCCUACUAGUUUUGUUCUCUUCUUCCCGUCGACCUCAUAGUGACUGUUAAUGGUGUUAUGGAUUGGACUAAUGUCCUUCGUUGCGUGA